AUGGCCAGUGUCGGCGUCCCCGUAGCGGAAGUGACCGCGUUGAAAUUGGAUGCGAAAGACUGGUAUCCGAACGUAAAGGCUAACACCUCGAAAGGCAAGAUGGCGAAGGCCUAUACCGCCACGCUGAGUCUGGCGAAUGGAACCAGCCUCACGGACGUGGUGGAGUAUCGAGCUAGCGGGCAGGGUCGCAAUUGCUAUUUCUUCACGAAGCAUCGUUUAGUGCUGAAGAUUUUCGUUGACCCGACCGGGCAGUGGUCCGCGCACGAGUCGGAAGAACGGGGCUUGCAGUUGUGGCAGCCAAGGCUGCCGAAACACAUUCCUGCGUUCUUCGGCAGGUUCAUCGUCAACGCGCAGACCUACUCGGGGUUUCAUCGAGCGGAUGCGAUAUUGGCUGGCAAGGCGGGUCCCACUCUGCAGUCCGUCUUGGAGGGAAUCGAGGGAAGCGAUUCGGAGUCUAUGCUUCAGCAGGUUCGGCAACACUUCUUCCUGCUGGUUUCGGCGUGCAAGAACGCGUUCGACGCGGGUCUGCGCUUCUAUCCUGACAUGCACGCGCGUAACGUCUGCCUGGACGAGACACUCGAGCAGUACAUGUUCGUGGAUCUGGAGACGUUGCUAGAUGUGGAGCCUCAUCUGACUUUUUCCGAUUGCAUGAGGAGAGCCAACAAAUUUCUGACAAAGCAAGCAUCAUUUCCACAGGGCCCGCCCUUCGCUGCGUUCAAGGAGUUGGCAAGCACUUGCAUCGAUGAUUAUUGGGGGAAAAUGUCGGACCUGACAUGGCUCCAUCGCCAGCUGGAGUUGCCGGACAGAUAUCUACCCGCCGCGCCGUCUGAUCCGCCGGCCCCGCUAUCGCCGGCGGACUUGGCAAAUUUGGAAAGACUACAACCAGCCGCCGCGCCGUCGCAUCCGCGGGCCGCGCUUCCGCCGGCGGCCUUUCCAAAUGUGCAAACACAAGAACCGCCGCCGGCGCCUGCCGUCGAGACAGCAUGGGAUGAGUCGAGCGCUUCAGCUACCGAUCCAUAUCGCCCAAGCAGCACUUCUGCGGCCGUCUCGGAGCAAAAGUUCGUUCAGCUUACCGCCCCGAAAGCUCAAGAACUGGAGGUCGCUGCUGGCAAAACGGUGCAAGUCUUGUGCAGAGAUGACGUGGAGCAAAUGCUCUAUGUGUGGCUUGGGGAGGACAGGUUUAGCUGGAUAUACUAUAAGGAUGUGCUGCAGCAGGCGCCGUUAGAUGAAAGAUUCGGAAGGAGGGGGCACCAGGCAGUCGUAGGCGAUGUUCGCAUGUCUGCGGCAGGCUGCGGCGCCGCAGGUGACAAGGCCGACCAACGAGGUACCGGAGGGGAAGCGCCCUGCGGCCGGAAGCUUUUCUUCGUUUUGCGAGUUGUGCUUAUGUCAGGAGAUGACCUUUGCUUCUCACGAGGGUUCGGCUGA